UCUUCGUGUUCGAAGCCCGUCUCGGCCCCAUUUCACGGGCACGGGGGGGCACAGUAAGUAAGUAAUUGAGUGAAGUGAAGUGAGUUGAGUGAGUGGAGUGAGUGAGUGAGGGGGUGGUGGUGGUCCUCCUCGUCCUGGUUUACUACGCGGAGAGAGGGAGGCGUAGUAGUUGUGAGUUCGGGGCUGGCUUGUUGUUAUAGUAAAAAGGAGGAGAGCUGCUGGGAUAAGAGAUCCUGGCGGUACUUUCCCCCUCCUCCAGCCCCAGUUUGUUAUUAUUUGUGUGCUUGUGUUCUUCUUCAUGGGUUUUGCGGGUAUUGUUGGUAUUGGUCUUGAAUGAAUGUCAGGUUUAUGUAUGUGAGGCAGGCAGGCUUGAGAGAGAUUUGGUUAGCAUCUGAGUGAGUUGGAGUGUGUGUGUGUGUGACAUGGGUUGGGAGACGACGACGACGACGACGACGUUAGAAGAGAAGAAGAGACUGGAUUGAUUGAGAAAGAGAGCAUUGAGAAACAAUCGAUUUGCGUGUGUGUUCGGAGUGGAGUUGUUGUGUGAGUUUUUGUUAUUUUUAUAUUUUUAUAUUUGUUUGGUUUUUGUGAGUGUUGUGAGUAUUUGGAGUAGGGUUGGUGAGAGACGAGAAGGGAUUGAAGGAGUUGUAGGAGGGAGGGAGGGGGGUACUGAGGGGGUGGUUGAAUUGAGAAUGUGGUUUGAUGUGGCGGGAUGGAGAUGUAAUUGUGUUGGGGGAGGGAGGACGAGGUGUGGACAGGAUUUGGUGGUGGGAGGAGAGGAGUUUUGUGAGGAGUGGGCUGGUGUUAUUGGGUGGGGGCGAUAGAGGAGGAGGUGUAUAAAAGGAGACACUCGACGCUGUGUUGAAGAGGGUUUGAUUGAGGACGGAGGAGAGAGAGCGAGAGAGAGAGAGAGAUAGAGAGAGAGAGGGUGCGACAGAUGGCUGCUGCAAAUGAUAGAAGGGGGAGUAGAGGUUUGGGAUUGUCGUUGAAUCUGCCGAGUCGCCAAUCGCCGAGGCCGCCCCCUGUUCCGCAGCCAUUACCGCUUCCUCCGCCUACAUUGGACAGUAGGUAUAACAACAGCAGCAAUUACAGCAACAACAACAACAAUUACAACAACAGCAACAACCCUAGCAGCAGGGGAGUGGAGGGCGGAGGCGCGCAAUUGACACAUGUGACACAUGUGAAGAAUGUGGUGUUAUCUGAUCUGGAGAAGGUGAGUUUACUUGGGGCUGGAAGUGGGGGCAAAGUGUAUAAGGUGCGGCACCGAUGGACUGGGAAGGAGUACGCGCUGAAGAUCAUUCAGGCGAAGCAUGAGGUGAUGGUGAGGAGACAGAUUAUGCGCGAGAUGGAAAUUCUGCAAAUUUCCAAGUCGCCGCAUCUGGUGGAAUGCUACGGAGUUUUCGACCGCGGAGGUGAAAUUUCUUUCGUCCUGGAGUACAUGGAUGGGGGCACCUUGGCGGAUGUGCUGAAAUACCACAAAAAAAUCGGUGAGCGAUACUUGGCGGAGGUAACGAAGCAGGUGCUCCUGGGCUUGCUCUACCUGCACAAGCACAAAAUUGUCCACCGCGACAUCAAACCUUCCAAUUUGCUGCUCAAUCGCAAACAGGAGGUCAAGAUUGCAGACUUCGGCGUGAGCACCGUAUUGGCCAAUACCCUGGCGCAGUGUAAUUCUUUCGUUGGCACCUGCGCGUACAUGAGCCCCGAGCGCUUCGAUCCGGAUGGCAAUGGCGGGGAGUAUGGCUACGCGGCCGAUAUCUGGAGCCUCGGCCUUACGCUUCUCGAAUGCGCCAUUGGCCGCUUCCCAUGCUUACAACCCGGGGAGAAGCCUGACUGGCCUACCUUGAUGUAUGCCAUAUGCCUGGGAGAACCCCCUGCCCCGCCUUCGGAUGCUUCUCCCGAAUUCCGCGACUUCAUUAUAUUGUGUUUGCAGAAAGAAUCUGCUCGCCGGCCUUCAGCGGAGAUGUUGUUGUCCCACCCCUUCGUGAGAAAAUACGAAGGACAGCCUGGUGUUAUCUCAGCAUUGCUCCAAGGUCUGGUGUUGUGAUCCCUCAGAGAAGAUACCGUGGGUGUCUUUUCUGAAAAAUUAAUUUUUAUUUAUUGUAGAUGUUGUAGAGGAGCCCUUUUCUGCCUGAAGAUUAGGUCUGGAGAUGAAAAGAAGAGAUCAUUAGAAUGAUUUGCUUGUCGUGGGACUGAGCUCAUGCAUCCUCUCUCGCUCUCGCUCUCGCUCUCUCUCUCUCUCUCGCUCUGUCGGUUCUACCGGACCUACAUUGUCAAUACCAGACAUAUUCUCAUCCUUUCACGUCAAUGCUCAUGGCAGAGAGACGAUCUGUUGGUCCCAGCACCUUGGUUUGGUACUUUUGUUGCUUUCCCUUUUUUAUUUUAUUUUUUAUUUUUUAUAAUUUUGUUUUGUUUUGGUACUGAUCUGUAUUUUUAUUUUUACCUUCUUUCUCGUUAUUUUUCUUUUCUUUUCUUUUCUUUUAGUUAAAAGGGUUACAUCUCAAUAUAUGAUUCCUUUAAUAAACUCCUUGCCUUCAUGUCCGAAGGGAUAUAGUUUGCAUGCA